AUGAUUGCUCCUAGUUUUCUCAUUCUUAUUGUGAUCUUUUUUAGAAUUAUCGAAGCAUAUGAUCAACCAAACCAUUUUGGAAAUCCCUGUGUGUUAUGUAAAUGCUUCGUGGAAUAUACAGAUCGAGAUAUGCCAAUUUCUUUAAAACCUUAUGGAGCUGCAAAUAAUAGUUACAGUAGUACAGAGGAUCAAUGCUUGGUUACUUGUCUUAAAGAUACUAAGUGUAAAGCAGUUGUUUAUGGAUUAAUUGGUGGACGUGAUGUUUUUACGUGUGAACUUUAUGAGGAAAUGACUUUACAUGAACUUCUUAAUGUUCCACACGUAAAUAUCUAUUUACCAAAGAGAAAAUCUAGUUGUAAAGUAUACUAUGACCAUAUUCAAAGUUUGGAGAUAUUGGAUCGUCAGGAUGAAAUAAUGAAGCGGAAGAUGAAUUAUCUCACUUUACUUGGACAACGAAAUCAUUUUGCAAUUGGCUAA